GUAGAUCAAAUUUGAUUGAAUGUGCAACCCUGUGUUUCCCUGCAUGUAGCCUGCUAUCUAGAAGUAACUUUUAGGCAGUGAAUCUCCUCCUCUGUGCUCCUCACCUUGGCAUCAGGUUCUGUUGUGUCCCUCUUUUCAGCAGGAGUUCACAUUCCUACCGUGGGGAAGACUGGAGUUGCUGGCUUUUCAUCAUGAGGAGCCUGUAUGCAUCUGUAUUUCUGCUGCAGCUCAUUUGGACUUGCUUAUGUCAAUUCCCUCGCCCAUGUGCCAACUCAGAAGGACUAAGGACCAAAGAGUGUUGCCCGGUGUGGGAUGGGGACGGCUCAGCUUGCGGUGCCCUGUCAGGCCGUGGUUUCUGCACCGAGGUGGAGGUCUCAGAUGAGCCCCAUGGGCCCCAGUACCCCCACAGAGGUAUAGAUGACAGAGAGCGCUGGCCUUUAGCUUUCUUCAACCGGACUUGUCGUUGUGCUGGAAACUAUGGAGGUUUUAACUGUGGAGAAUGCAGGUUUGGUUACUGGGGAUCAAACUGUGCUGAGUACAGGGAAUCAGUGCGAAGGAACCUCCAGACCCUGCCAGCUGCGGAGCAACAGAAGUUUAUCUCUUAUCUGAACCUGGCCAAGAACACCAUCAGUCGUGACUAUGUGAUCUCCACAGCAGUACGAGCAGAGAUGGGUGAAAAUGGUGAGAACCCCAUGUUCUCUGACAUCAACACCUACGACCUGUUUGUCUGGAUGCACUACUAUUCGUCCAGGGACGCCUUCUUGGGAGGACCAGGGAACGUAUGGAGGGACAUUGACUUUGCCCAUGAAUCUGCAGCAUUUCUGCCAUGGCACCGAGUUUUCCUGCUUUUCUGGGAGAAUGAGAUAAGGAAGCUGACGGGAGAUUUUAACUUCACCAUCCCCUACUGGGACUGGAGGGAUGCCCAGUCAUGCGAGGUGUGCACUGAUGCUCUGUUGGGUGGACGCAGCCCCCUAAAUCCUAACCUCAUAAGCCCUGCUUCAGUCUUCUCCUCAUGGAAGGUGAUCUGCAGCCAGUCAGAGGAGUACAACAUGCGAGAGGUAUUGUGUAACGCUACUGGGGAGGGUCCACUGUUGCGUAACCCCGGCAACCAUGAUCCAAACCGCGUGCCACGAAUCCCCACAACAGCUGAUGUGGAUUUCAUUGUGGGCCUCCCCGAGUAUGACACAGGACCCAUGGACCGAUUCGCCAAUAUGAGCUUUAGAAACACAAUAGAGGGUUUUGCCGAUCCAGAGACAGGUAUGGCAGUGCCAGGCAAGAGCACCAUGCACAACUCCUUGCAUGUCUUCAUGAACGGCUCCAUGUCCUCAGUGCAGAGUUCAGCCAACGACCCCAUAUUCCUGGUGCACCAUGCUUUCAUUGACAGUAUCUUUGAGCGCUGGCUCAGGACCCACCAGCCUCUCAAGACAAGCUACCCACAGGCCAAUGCACCCAUUGGCCAUAAUGAUGGUUACUACAUGGUGCCCUUCCUGCCUCUCUACAGAAACGGAGACUACUUCCUGUCCAGCAAAGUUCUAGGAUUUGAGUAUGCCUACCUUUUGGACCCUGGCCAGAGGUUUGUUCAGGAGUUCCUGACGCCCUACCUCCAGCAGGCCCAGCAGAUCUGGCAGUGGCUCCUGGGAGCCGGGAUCCUCGGGGCGCUGAUCGCUGCACUCGUUGCUGUGCUGCUUAUUGUUGCAAGAAGAAAGUGGAAACGUAGCCAGAGGAAAAAGAGGGUGUCAAGCUACGGAGAGAGUCAGCCACUGCUGCAAAGCAGCUCAGAGGAAGGUUCAUCUUCAUAUCAGACAACUCUGUAACACACACAGGUGCUGUACAUACAGCUGUAUAUGAAUGUACAAAUAUUAGGGACACGUAGUAUUUUCAUGAAGCAAAUGAAUGGGAUGAAUCUGGGUACAAGACUUCACUUGAUACAGAUUUCCCACAAUAAAUCUAUUUAAAGUUUCUGUCUAA